UCAAUGGAUUCGUCCCUGAAGUGCAACUGAUGGUUAAUGCAAUAUUUCCGUAGAUGUUCUUCAUGGAGUAACCUAUAGCUUACAUGCAGGACAUCAUACCUUUAGCGUUAAAUAUUUCGUCGAAGAUUGCUCCCAGACAGUUUUUCUAGCCGCUUCGUGUCCUUUUGGCACCUGGCAGCCUUAAGUCUGCCGAACGUCGCUGCAGUUGGUGACUGACCGGACCAGGGUCUGAUCGCCAGGCAUGGGCUCAAGGGGAACGGAGAGGCGUAAACACCACACGCCUGCACAGACCCCCGAGGGCAACGUUGUCAUGAGCUUCAGCUUUGAGAGCUACCAGCUGGAGGAGGAGGACUGCCACACCAAAGACAUAUCGGAGAAAGGAGUCCUCGCUCUGUCCGAGCCUGCUUUUGAGGAGCCAAUUCCAGAUGAUCGUUACCAUGGGAUAUACUUUGCCAUGUUGCUGGCUGGAGUUGGCUUUCUUCUGCCUUACAACAGUUUUAUCACCGAUGUGGACUACCUACACCAUAAGUUCGAAGGCACAUCCAUUGUCUUUGACAUGAGUCUGACGUACAUCCUCAUUGCCUUGGUGGCUGUGAUACUGAACAAUGUCCUGGUGGAGAGGCUGAGCCUGCACACCAGGAUCACAGUGGGUUACAUCUUUGCUCUGGGGCCGCUGCUGUUCGUCAGCAUCUUUGAUGUGUGGCUGGAGCAGUUCACCACAAAGCAGGCGUAUGUCGUAAACUUGGUCUCCGUGGGUGUCGUGGCAUUUGGAUGUACAGUGCAGCAGUCAAGUUUCUAUGGCUACAUGGGAAUGCUUCCAAAGAGAUACACACAAGGCGUUAUGACAGGAGAAAGUACCGCAGGGGUCAUCAUCUCCCUCAGCCGCAUCUUCACCAAGCUGCUGAUCAAGAAUGAGAGGAAGAACACCAUCAUCUUCUUCCUCAUCUCGAUCUGCAUGGAGCUCAUGUGCUUCGUCCUACACCUGCUGGUGCGACGCACACACUUCGUCCGCCACUAUACCAGCCUUGCCCGCCAAGGCCUCUGCCACCCCAAGGACCACACGCAUCAGUCGGGCGCACAGUACCAGGUCCACCAUGAUGUCAUUACAGAGGAUGUAAGAUUUGGUAACGGUGCAGUGGGCGGCUCCCCCCCUGAGCAGUCCCAUGAGGGAGAAUAUGCAGGGGGAAACACAUAUGUGAGAUUUGGCGGCCCCAAAGCAAAAAGCAAGAGCAGCUGGCCGGGGUUAAAGGAUAUGAUCCUGCAUCGCUAUGUGGUGGCCCGUGUCAUCUGGACCUAUAUGCUAUCAAUCGCCAUCACAUACUUCAUCACCUUGUGCCUGUUUCCUGGUCUAGAGUCUGAGAUCCGCAAUCCCACUUUAGGGGAAUGGCUGCCUAUCCUCAUCAUGGCUGUCUUUAACAUGGCCGACUUUGUUGGCAAAAUCCUGGCAGCUCUUCCCUACGAAUGGAACGGAAGCCGCCUUCUGUUUUUCUCCUGCCUGCGUGUGGUCUUCAUCCCCCUCUUCAUCAUGUGUGUAUACCCCGUUCAGAGUCCCACCCUCGGCCACCCGGCCUGGCCCUGCAUCUUCUCCCUGUUCAUGGGCAUCACUAAUGGCUACUUUGGCAGCGUGCCCAUGAUCCAGGCAGCAGGCAAAGUGGCCCCUGAACAAAGGGAGCUAGCAGGUAACACGAUGACUGUGUCCUACAUGACCGGCUUGAUGAUGGGGUCCGUGGUGGCCUAUGCGGCCUACAGCUUCACAGCCCAAGGGCCCGGGGCCCACCCAGCCACACGCUCUAACUUCACUCUGGGCUACUGACUUAAUGGGGCUCAGUAAGACCUCUCUGCCAAAAACAAGUCUACAAUGUCCAUUCCAUAAAACACUUCACAAGGUGGCAGUAUGUAUGCUUUGAUGUAGCAAGAAUCUCUGCAAAAUACCACAGCCACACGCACCACAGGCUCUGGGCCUCGCUACCACUCAGAUUUAUACAGAAUGUAGUCAGCGAAGCAGAGCAGGCCAUAGACUUUGUAAAGAUAUAAAUGUACAUGCUGCAUUGUGUUGCCUUUCACUGUAGUUCUGUUUCGCUAUAAAUCUACAUGGCAUAAGUGCGCCCCCUUGUGUCAAAACGGGUGAUUUUCCUCUCUUGCUGUUAAAUGUUUUGUUGGAGGAUCCAUAACGCUGUGAAUUUUUUUUAUUUGGGCCAUUAUUUAGCUGGUACUUAAGACCACAGAUGACACAGAUGGAGUAUAUGGGUUGAAAAUAUACUGGAAAUUGAUGGAUGGUCUGCCAGCAUUUUUGUUUUGUUGUUUUCUAAAAAAAAAAAGUCUUGAGUCUGAAUGAUCCACAAGGGGAAAUGGUGUUUCCUGUAAGCUCUAAAGAAUCUGUUAAAUGGAGCCUGAUUGAUUUACCUCUUUGCUAAUGCAAGUUGAAUGUUUAUUACUGUGAAUAAAAGCUUUUUUUUUUAUUUCUA